GUCGGCUGGUGAAACUGAUAAUUCAGUUGGAAUAAAACUCGAUCGCUGCGACACAAACUGUAACGGAAGAUUCGCUUAAGCAACGAUAAGAAAGUGUGAUUUGCGUGCACCUCAAGGGGAGGAGAACUGCAUCCGAGGCCCUCUCUCUUUGGGAUCAGCAGUGCCUUGAGAUUGAAGUGAACGUUUCGAUGUGUCUAAUUACACAAGCUUUUGGAAAAAAAAAUCAACCCAAUGACAGCCUGAACCAAAGAUAAAGAGAGCGAUCUGAACAUCAGCAUAAUGAGCUCCCAGAGAACUGGCUUCGUCCUGGACGCCAAGUCCAUGGGUGUCAAUAGGGGCUCCAGACCGCCAUCGCCAUCGUCCACGGAGUGCCUGUGUGAACCCUCCUCGAAUCAGGAGGAGGAGGAGGAGGACUCCCAAAAUGUGGACAGUUCCACAUCCAUCCAAGUCGUGGAGCGGAGAGAUCAGAGAUCAGAGCUUGAAGACUGUGGCAACUAUGCCCAGUGUAACGCCAGCACAGAUCCCCUGCCCACGGAAUACUACCGCGAUCUGCUCCAGAAGCUAACCCAGGAGACCGGUGAUGCUGGUCGGGUCAACUGCGAACUGAAUAAUUUCCUCAAGCGACUGUGCGAGAUCGAUAGCCUGAAUGAACAAUGCGGGGAUACUAUGUUCAGCACCCAAUUGCGACUGGUCACCUUCCAGGAGUGGGUGGACUUCCUGCUCCAUGUGAACAGUGUGAUAUUGGGCAACAUGUCCGAGUUGGAAAAUGAAGCCUAUGGCAAAAUAGUCUCUUAUUUUAACUCCAUGCAGGGACAACAGCAACAGGCUCUGGAUGAGAAUCGGAAGCUAAGGCGAGAUAUUUGCACACUGAUCAAAUUCGUGCAAACUGGCUACCAUCGGAGCAGCUGGGAGGGCAUCAAGGAGAUCUCUCUGGAGACUUUGACUGUUAACCAGUUGCUGGGCAUGAAACCGGAUCAGGUCCUGCCGGAGAGUGAGAGCGAGAAGAUGGCCGAGUGCAUGAAGUCGUUAGUCAACGAGAUGGCGGAAAAGCAUGAUGAGAUCUGUCGCUUAAAGACACAACUGGGAAAUUUAGAUGAGGUUGUGCUCACGGCCAGGCAAAAGUUGCUACUCAAGGAUCAAUGCAUAGCGCAGCUUAAUCAGCAGCUGCAGGAAGUCAACCAGAGCUUAGCCAAUAUGCCGCAGCAGACGAAACCCGAAGAAGAAUCCUCCAAGGAUUUGGAACAGGACUUGAAAGGGAGUGGUGGUGUUAACGAGGAUCUGAAGCAGGACUCAAGUGGGAGCAAGGUGGAUGUAACCACCAGCGAACAGAUCACCAACUGUAUGCUGCAGGAUCUAACUAUCCAAGAUUAUAGAGAGAACGAGAUCCUCCGGAUAUUGGACAAUGAGCUAAACGAGUUUCUUCUGAUGCACAACAUUAAUGAGCAUCAAAGAAUGGAGUCUUGGCGGAGACGUCUCUCCACCUUGUACGGGAAUAUGUGUGCUGAACGUAAUGACACAGUUAAGAAACUGGAAUACAUUCGCAGUCAGCUCAGACUUCUUCAAUCGGAUGUUGACAAAUCCCGCCUGGCCUUUAGCCAAGCUGUAACUGAUGAUGUAGACUCCAAGAUGGUGGAAUGCCUAAAGGAUCGACUGGAUACUCUCAGUCAAUGCAAUCGGGAGCUGCAAGAUAAAUACAUGCGUCUCGAUACGUACUCCAAAAUGCUGCAGACAAAAUACGAGUUCGAAAACGGCUUGAAUGAAAAGAAUUCACAAAUUUUAAAGGAGAUUGCCGAACUCAUUUGCAAACUGAGUCCAAAGGAAUUCUCCUAUAAUGAUAUUUACUCAGAGACUGCAACCGAGAACCCAUUCUGCGAAGCCAUCAACGAGAUAUGCGAUCAUAUGUCAUCCGUUCAGAAAACCAAAGAGGAGCUGAGUCAGGAGACAAAUAAUGAACGCCUUGCCUGCCAAAUCGAAGGACUACAGGAUACGCUAAAGGAUCGCGAUAGCCAGAUUGCUGAUCUGCAGACCAUGAUCCAGAGCUACUCCGAUGUCAGCGAGAAUAAUCGACUCAAAGAGCAGAUACAUGAGCUCAAGCUGAAGAACAGUGAUCAGAGUCGCCAGAUUCGUGAGCUUGCCGCUGCAAUUAAGAGCAACGAGCAGGAGAGAACGGAGCUAGCCACCAAGCACGAAAACCUAAUGGGUAGUCUUGAGGAAAAGUGCCAGGGACUCAAGGGAGCCGAGCGACAGGUGGAGAGUCUCCAGACGCGUUUGAGUCAGUUGGAACAGCUGCAGGAAGAUCUUAAAAUGGAGCGCAGCAUGCUGCGAGAUGAGGUGGUCGCCCUCAAGGAAAAGGAGGCCGUGUCAGCGGGUCGAGAGCGAGCUCUCUUGGACCAACAGCGACUGGGUCAUAAGGAGCUAGAAAAGUUGCGAUAUAUCAUCCGGGAUAUGCAGGGUCAGCUGCAGCAGGAAGAGUCCCAGCAUCGGGACAACAUUAAGCAACUGGAGCUGACCAAAGUUUCUCUACGGGAACAGAUGCACAACCUUGCCGCCGACUGCCAGCGUAUGCAGUCACAACUGAAGAAACAGGUUGAGGUCAACCAACAGCAAGAGCAGAUUUUGAAUUCCUUUCGCACGUGGAAGGAUGCCCAGGUUAGGUCCGAUGAGGCGAUGCGGCGACACAUCAAGGAGAACGAUGAAAGAAUUAAUUUACUGGUGGAUGAGAAUCAUUCGCUGGCCGAAGACUACAGCUGUGUCUACAGAGACUAUCAGCUUUUGGAGCAGGAAAUGAAGAGGCUUAAGCAAGCGGUCAACUAUGCGCCAAGUCCCUCGAUGGGUUAUCCUGUGUCUCCAGGUGGCGGACGAUUGGAUGCCGAGACGGGCAAUGAAAUGGCCAGACGCCUUCAGAGCAUGGCCACCACCUCCCAGCGCGUUUCCCAUCAGUACCGAACACUUAACGAUUUUCCAGCGAGUGCGGUUUCCCCGUAUCAGAACCGCAAGGCCCAGGGAAGACCAGCGGGAGACCAGCUAAGACCCUUUAGCUCCUCGGAUGAUGUGUCGUAGGGUCAACCUCCAAUCAUUUUCACCACCCCAAACGGCCAACUAUAAAGUCAAGUCGAGCAUAUUGUAAAUUCCUUGUAAAUUAAAGUAGAAAACAACGAAAACUAAUAAACAUUUGCAUAUACAGUU